UUUCGUUCAUCAUUUUGGCUCAGAGAAAAACGUUGCUAUAUUGGAUAUUAUAAUGAUGACGAAAAUGGACAAACAUUUUUGUAUACAAUACCUCGAUUUCGAUUCCAAAAUAUUAUUUAUCCUUCAUCUAAUUUUCCACCGAUAACAACAGUACCAUCGAAUAUAGAAAAAUAUUUAUUUUAUGAAAAUAAAAUUGAUUCUUUAUUAAUUGACAUUGAUAGAUUUAUAAUACCACCGAUUCAUCGUUUUACACAAGUCAAAUCAUUAAUACUUCGUGGUUCAACACUUAUGUCAUUAGAUGUUCUUAAAACAAUAAUGGAUUUAAAUCAAAUCGAAACACUUGAUGUUUUUCCUGUUGAAUCAUUAUCAAGACAUGAACUUAACAUAUUAAUAAAACAUUGUCCUCGAUUAAAUUAUCUUAUUAUGGAUUAUAAUCCAUUAUUUGGCAUACCACCACAAAUUCAUACUCUUAGGUUAGAUAUUGAUUUUCGAUCGUUAUCUAUUGAUAAUCUUUGGCAUACAACACAAAAUGUUAAAGUUCUUGAAAUUCCAAUUAAUUCAAAAGAUAUGAUGCUUGAUAUUAUAGAUCAAUUUGAUCAUAUUGACAAUUUUCUAUUCUCAUGUGAUGAGUUUUCAGAAGGUGACUAUUUGGAAUUCUUCAUUGAAAAGUUACAUCUUUAUUGGUUAGAAGAUAAUUCGUAUCGUCUUGCAAUGAAUCAUUUUACAUAUCGACAAGGAGAAGAAGAUCAGCAAAUUCGAAUGUCGACUGGUGGUCCAAAGACUAAAAAAUAUUCAGAUAUUACACAUUGGUUAACUAAAUAA